AUGCCAUUCAGCACGGCCUUGACACGGAAAUUAGGCGUAGCCAUCCCUAUCAUUCAAGGGGGCAUGCAAUGGGUGGGAUAUGCAGAGCUCGCCGCCGCCGUUAGUAAUGCUGGCGGCUUGGGAAUACUCUCAGCUCUGACACAGCCCACCCCAGAAGAUCUCCGGAAAGAGAUCCGUCGCUGUCGUGAGAUGACCAAGAAUCCCUUCGGAGUAAACCUGACCCUGCUGCCCGCUCUCGUGCCUCCAGACUAUGCUGCGUAUGCCAAGGUGAUCAUCGACGAGGGUAUCAAGAUUGUCGAGACAGCAGGAAACAACCCGGGACCUGUGAUCAAUCAACUUAAGAACUCCAACCUGACAAUCCUACACAAGUGUACUACUAUUCGCCAUGCCAAGUCAGCUAUCAAGCUAGGCGUGGACUUUCUGUCUAUCGACGGUUUCGAAUGUGCCGGUCAUGUCGGUGAGCACGACAUCACAAAUUUUAUACUCUUGAGUCGCGCUCGCCAGGAAAUCAAGGUGCCAUUCAUCGCAUCAGGCGGAUUUGCCGAUGGCCAGGGAUUAGCAGCUGCACUGGCACUCGGCGCCGAGGGAAUAAAUAUGGGCACACGCUUCAUGUGUACGGUUGAAUCGCCUAUCCAGCACAGGAUCAAGGAACGCAUUGUCGCUGCAGAUGAGAACCAGACCGCGUUGGUACUACGUCGAUGGAGGAAUACAUCACGGCUCUUCAAGAACAAGGUGGCGGAGGAGGCGCUCAAGGUGGAGAAGGAGAGUACGACUGGCGAGUUCAGUGAGGUUGCACCGUUUGUCAGUGGUAAGCGUGGGCGCGAGGUGUUCCUCAACGGGGAUGCUGAAUACGGUGUUUGGACUGCUGGUCAAGCUAUUGGUCUAAUCCAUGACAUUCCUACGUGUGCCGACCUACUUCCUCGCAUAGAGCGGGAAGCAUUGGAAGCGAUGCAUCGUAUGCAGUCAAUGUACACCCCACCAGAGAGCAAGCUCUAG